GUGUUCCUUCAGAAGCUGGCUACUUCACCUCAAAAUUUCAUAUGUCCAAGGAAAGCAUAAAACAUAUUUCUCCAGCGGUGAUUGAGUCUUUGAAGGCCAUUGCUGUGAAUUCCAGGAAACCAUUCACCAUUGCCGACUAUGGCUGUGCCGACGGAGGGACCUCCAUGCCACUGAUGUAUGCAUGCGUGAAGGAAUUGAGAAACUUGUAUGGAAAUGAGCUUGAAAUUCAAAUCAAUUAUGAGGACAGACCAGAAAAUGAUUACAACUCAAUCUUUUAUCUUCUGCAAGGUUCGCUGCCACUUUCAUCCAGCUAUCUUUGUGAUUUUCCAAACGUCUUCGUAUCUGCAACAGGGACCAGUUUUUAUGAGCAAUGUUUUCCCAGUGAGUCUGUAAACUUAGGCUUUUCUUGCCUGGCCAUUCAAUGGCUGAGGAAAAAACCCUGUAAUUUGACAAAGGCUGUCUUGUGUUACUUCUCCAAAGUCCAGGGUGAGAGGAACUUGUUUACCAAACAGGCUGAGAAGGACUGGGAACAGUUCUUGUUAAUGAGAGCAAAAGAACUUGCCAAAGGUGGUAGGCUGGCACUGAUUAUAGGCUGUGAAAAUGAAGGAGAAACUGUAGGUAGUACCACAGGUCUUGUAAUCUACAGGUUAUUGUACAACAUGUGGGAGAGCAUGGAAAAAGACAAGAUCAUUUCAAAGAAAGAUAUGGAAGAAAUGACCAUCCCUGAAUAUUUCCGAACUCGUGAAGAACUGGUGGAGCCGUUCAUAUCAGAUGCAUCGCCGGUCAGAAAAGCUGGUCUUAGUCUUGUUUCUUUGGAAUUGAAAGAGUUUCCUUUACCAGAGAGAGCCAUGUGGCAAGUUACUGGAAACGCCAAAACAUGUGCAAGACUGAUGACUGAACAAACCAGAGCUUGGAGCAAUUCCUUUUUUUGGUCUGCACUCGGCGACCAUCAUUCUGCAGAGGAGAAAAGCAUGAUUCUGGACGAAUUUUUCCAUCGUCUUGAGGAACAAGUUUUGCUUUCUCCUGAGGAGUAUAUGGGUGUGAUGAGGAAUGCAUUUAUAAUAAUUGAAAAGUCAUGACAUUGAGUAAGCCAUUUACAUGUAAAAAACCCAAUGCACUGUACAUAUGACAAGGAUUAGGGGAGAUAGGGUAUUUUUAAAAGAGGAUUGUAAUCAUUUGUCUCACGACAUGGUCACUUGGGAUGUGAAUUGCAACGUUUUGACUGCAUACUGCUAGUCUUCUUUAGGCGAUGAGGUCGACUGAGUACACAUCACCUUUAUGCUGUUGUUGCUCAGCUGUGGUUAGAUAGAAUUCCACAGCUGCGGAGUUCAUUGGCCUCUCCAAACAACUUUGCUGCUGUCUACAACAACAACGCAUACGCGCUGUUUUGAAGUCACUGCUAUCCUAUGAUCACACCUACGCGUAGUACACCCAAAGGAUGCCAUCCACCCGGCUUAACAGGAUAGCGUAGUCUACAGGAUUCCCUGUGAGUAUGGAAAGGUUUACAUUGGCAAACCUGGUAGACCUGUGCAGGAAAGAUUUAAGGAACGCGAUAGAGAUAUUCAACUUGCUAAGACACAGACCUCCACCGCCUUGGAGUAUGCCCACAACACCGACAGGAAAGCUAUGCGGCACAGCUGAGCACAACAGCAUAGACCUGAGUCAACUUCAAUGUUGAAGAAGA